ACUUCAUCAAUUUCAUGGUAAAAAUGGAUGUUUUCCUUAAAAAAUUUCAAUAUCGGUACCUUUUUCAAACGGUGCGUGUCAAUGUUUCCUUUCAUUUUUCCCAUUACUUCGAAACGAAACCGGCAUCAUUGUUAUCGGAUAAGUCAACAGACAAAUCGCGGAGCGCCGCUCGAUGAGAAAAAUCUACCGUUCUUUUGUAGCUCUAACCUUCGUUCUCUUCGCAUCGGCGACGUCAUGGGCGCAGCCGUGCGGCGGCGGCGGUGGAGGAGAACCAGAGAACGCGAUGUGUCCAAAAGGCCUCUGCAGCGCCGGGUCGGGAUUCUGCGGAUCCGGAUUUGUGAGGCGAUGUGGUUCUGAUCUAACAUUUGGAAGCCCUAUCGGCGAAAUCGGCAGCGUAAUUAGCUCCUCCGAUUUUGACGAAAUGCUACAACAUCGAAACGACCGGAAUUGCAAGAGCAAUGGAUUUUAUAGCUACGAGGCUUUUGCGGUUGCGGCGUCGGCGUUCGUCGGCUUUGGCACCACCGGGAAUCUCAACAUCAGGAAGAGGGAGGUCGCCGCUUUCCUCGCUCAAACAUCUCACGAGACCACAGGAGGAUGGGCAAGUGCACCGGAUGGGCCAUAUGCAUGGGGCUAUUGCUAUAUUGAUUCAACCAUCAAAGAUGCUUCUUGUACUCCUUCUCCCAACUGGCCUUGUGCAUCUGGCAAGCAAUAUUAUGGCCGAGGUCCCUUCCAAAUCACCUAUAACUUCAACUAUGGGGCUGCUGGAAGGGCAAUAGGGGUGGACCUGAUAAACAAUCCUGAUCUAGUGGCUACCAAUCCAACCAUAUCAUUCAAGACUGCCUUGUGGUUUUGGAUGACUCCUCAAGGAAACAAACCAUCGUGUCAUGAUGUUAUGACGGGUAAUUGGGUACCAUCCGAUGAAGAUGUAUCAGCUAAAAGAUUGCCUGGCUAUGGUCUAACCAUCAACUUAAUCAAUGUUAGUGAAUGUGUUGAUGGUACCGAUGAUCGAGCGGCAAAUAGGAUUGGUUUCUACAAAAGGUAUUGUGACAUAUUGAAUAUCCAAUAUGGGGACAACUUGGACUAUGUAGGUCAACAGCCCUUCUAAUGAAGAAUGAUUCGUAAGAAGUUGUAAGAAAUGUCGGAAGGCAAAAGUAGAUAGUAAUUUAGAGAUUAUGAUUCCUUUGAUACUUAUAAUUUUCAAUAAUGUUUAUAUUUUUCUA